UACAAUCCCAACAUAAUUCACGAUUCAACAAUCAUUGAAUAAAUUCUCCACCAGCAAGGAGAUUCUAGGGAAUAGGACAACAUGUCUUUAUUGUUCUGCUCAUGGUCAUAGAAAACAUUUUGUAAUUGGUCCGUUUAAUCAGUUUACCGCCUCAAAUGACGAGAACUAGAAGGCUACGUGAGCUACGUUAUCAUGAAAUGCCUCUCGAUCAAUUCUCUUGGCCGCCUCGCCACUAACCGAUCAUGGACCUGUGUAAAUUGUCGCACCCAGCUACCUAUAGCUAGUGUUAAGACAACACAACGUUCUCUUGCAAGACAAUAUGCGACCGGUUCUUCGGGCUAUUCGAAACGACAAAAGCCUCGUAAAAAGAAACUUGGUGUGCUAACCGCUACUGCAACUGCGGCAACCGGAGCUGGUGUCCUGGCUUUCACGGAUGACAUAAAAUAUGGAUACGAUGCCACAGAGAGGACGGGCAGGGUGGCUGCAGCACUGGCAAUAUGCAUCAACGAUUACCGAACAACCUUGAAUAAACGAGACGAGACCGAAGACCCUAUAGCACAAGAUAUCAUCCUAAAAUCAUGUCACAAGCGGUGUGCGGAGAGGACACUAAAGGUUCUCGAGAAGAAUGGAGGCAUAUUCAUCAAGCUGGGACAGCACUUGAGCGCAAUGACUUACCUUCUCCCUCGUGAGUGGACUGAUACGUUUAUACCCCUCCAAGAUCAGUGUCCGGUAUCAUCAUAUGAGUCCAUCGAGGAAAUGUUCCGUUUCGACACGGGUGAAGAGCUUAAAGAUUACUUCUCGGAGUUCUCGGAGAAGCCAAUAGGGGCUGCAUCCCUCGCCCAAGUCCACUUAGCCACCGUGAAGGAGACCGGUCAAAAAGUCGCCGUAAAAGUUCAGCAUCCCGGCUUGGCGCAAUGGGCACCUCUCGAUCUCACCCUAACCAGGUUUACCUUCUCGACUUUGAAGAGGUUCUUCCCCGAGUAUGAUUUAGAGUGGUUAUCUUCUGAGAUGGAUGUGUCAUUACCACAAGAGCUCGACUUCCAACUCGAGGCCGCAAAUGCGACCCGUACUCAGGAAUACUUCUCUCGGAUCCCCGAGCUACCACUUGUGGUCCCCGACGUUGUUUGGGCAAGGAAGCGCAUCUUGGUUAUGGCGAAUGAGUCGGGCCACCGUCUAGACGAUCUGGAAUAUUUGGAUUCAAACCAUAUUGAUCGGGAUGAGGUUUCAGCCACGCUUGCUCGAAUUUUCAACGAGAUGAUCUUCGGGAAGAACGCAUCCUUGCACUGCGACCCACACGGCGGCAAUCUCGCCAUCCGAAAGGCGACUCGCCGAAGAAAGGGCGGUGCUAAUUUUGAGAUUAUCAUCUACGACCACGGACUAUAUCGCGAUAUUCCCGAAAGUCUACAACGCUCAUAUGCCAAAAUGUGGCUGGCGAUUAUCGACGGGGACAUGACUGCCAUGAAGCGAUACGCGCACGAGGUUGCCGGGGUCACCGACGAGCAGUUCCCCCUAUUUGCUAGCGCCAUCACCGGCCGCGACUACACCGUCGUCAGCUCAUCCAUCCUAAAGUCACGAUCCGACGAGGAAAAGAAAUCAAUGGGUACCGCUCUACAAGAAGGUCUACUAUCAGAUCUCGUAACGAUGCUCGGCCAAGUCCCCCGCAUCAUCCUACUUAUCCUCAAAACAAACGACCUCACUCGCAGCCUCGACGAAAACCUGCAUACCCGCCAGGGCCCAAUGCGCAGCUUCAUGAUCCUCGCCAGGUACUGCGCGCGCACCGUCUUCCGCGAGCAAGUGGAAGAUGCACGUGAACGCCCCGGAAGCUUGUUAUGGCCUGGCAACGCGCUGAGGUUCAUCGCCGCGUGGGUGGGCUACUUGCGCGUGGAGCUUAAGCUCGAGGCUUUCGAGCUGUGGCUUAGUGUCAAGAGGAUGGUCGGCGUUAACACGGCGAGCUAUGGCGCUGCUGCUGUGGCGUUGUAAAGGGCCUGGUUAUCUACAUGGGAACAUUCACGGGGGAAUAGGUCUACGUGGAAAUAUUAAUAGAGGUGGUUUUUCGGUGGUAGAUGCAUGCGGAUGCCUUUUCUUCUUUGUUGGGUUUUAGGGGGUCAUGAAGAGACGGUCGUAAGAUAAGAUACCUUGAUAGAUAGAUAUGUAUAUGCAUUAGAUGGCGUCGAUGGGGAGGGAUGGGUAGUUAGAUGUGUGGAAUAUGAAUAUUUUCGUGAGAUGUCUACUUAGGUAUCUAUCUAUGGAUGGUUUAAUCAAUCGUGAGGUUGGGAUGGUUAUGCGUGCGUUGGAUAUGUUCUGGUUAUGGAUUUAUGGUCUCGAUAGCCGGGUGCGUGUUGAUGACGAUUGCGGUUUGCGUUCGGAUUUUCUCCAGUAUGCGGGCUUAUGGUUCCCUCUACCUUGUUGUUGACUCCGUUCAAUUGUUGCAUGGCGUUCUGUUGCUUCUCCGGGAUGCUACGUUUCCGGGUGACUUAGCUCGUUGUGGAGUUAUUGUAGGCUCGUGGUACUGAUUAUGUCCUACUGUGUUCUAGAUGAUUCAACUGAGCUUGCUACAAAAAAAA